GUAGCGUAAUGUUUUCCUUCCUAAGCGCGCAAGUGUCAUCUGAGUUUGUUUAUAAACUCUUGGAAGUUCUGCAUAUACGUGUAAAUCUUUGCGCGAUGCGGCUUGUUGGCGAUCGAACGGAAAUGAAUUAAUCCUCGUUUGUGAGCGUUGCAUUGCGCUUCGCGCUGCGAAACGCCGUUUUGUGCCUCGGUAAAUACACGCUGCUGUAAAGACAAAGCUUAACCUUAAACCCACGCUGUUUUCGCGCGCGCACUUGUUGUCAACGUUUUAAGUUCUCGCCUGCUCUCUCGUUGCUGUGCGAAAAACGGCGCGAUUAAAACCGCGCAAUAGUAAUGAGCGAACGCUUAGCGAACGCUUGGCAAACGUCGCUGGCCGUGGUGGUGAUCGCAUGACAGCAUCGCUAACGGUGAUUUAGGGCAGCCUAAUUCUAUGGAUGGAUAAUGAGCGAGUCUGACGACACGGACGUCCUGCUCCUGAUCCCGCCCGACGUAUUUCACGUUCCGUCCCCCCCCGAUUCGGACGCCAGCUCGGCGAUUCAUCAAACGGACCGUACCAGCGUAAUCUCGGAGCUGGUCGGGCACAUGCAGUCGCUCGAGUCCCGCAUCACCGCCAUCGAGUCCAGGGACAACAGUCUGGACGUGUCCGCGCUCAACAACUCGUUGGACUCGCAACUGCGCGACCCGAGCUGCGCGUCUCGCUCCUGUAACCGUCAAAACAACCCACCCGUAAGAUUUUCCGUAAGUCAGAGCGCCAGCAGCCUGCAGAACACUCCUGUAAAACCCCGGAAAUCUCUGUCCGUUCCCUCCGCUCCUGCCGAAUGUAUCUCACAGAAUUGUAACAAUUCUCUGAGAAACGACGCAACAAACCUGGGAUGCUACAUUGGGACAACUACCGCUACCUCCAAUACGGUUAAUACUAAUUCCCCCGCGCGAGCCAAGCUUGAUGUUCUAACGUCGCGUUCCGAUCCUUCCGUGGCGCCUCCUGCUUCAUGUGGUACCGGGUUCUCGCAUGCUAUGUCCUGCAGAAGGGAAUCUCUUUCGUUACGUCCGAGCGAUCGUUGUACAGAUACAAGCAAUCUGUAUUCGAAACCUCACGCUUCUUUGCAUUCAACAGUACCUGUUCUGUCGAACUUGUCCAAUGCGUCGAUAGGCCACACUUCUCGAUCCAGAAUAGUGCAGGAAAUGGAGCUGUUGGAGGUGGACGAGUUGCUUCAGGAAAUGGAAGCGACCGAAUUAGAAUUGUCGAAGAGAAUAAACAGCACCGGCGGGUAUCAGUAUCGCAACGAGCCAGUUUACUCGUUGACCCAACCUGUCGUUAACGCGAGCAAUCAGGAGAAGAUCGGGCCGUUUCGAAAAUUAGAUUUUCAAUCGUCCAAAGAGUCGCAGCUUGUUGACGCUUCAUUCGUAUCGCCCUCCAAAAAAUCAAACAAUAUAUUUCCCGAUAUAUCGUUGCCGUAUGGCAACUCGUCCUAUCUCAACGAGACUGAGAAGAUGAUAACCGAGUUCAAAACGUGGGAACAGAAUGCUGCUCAACAACCUGUUCCCGCGUCAAAUGGAUACGCAACAGAAAGUACAAAUAGCAUAAAGAAUACCACAGAGUAUUUAUCCACUACGUCUUCCGCCGUGUUGGACAAUACAAGAUCUAAGGAGUCAUUGCCAGAUCGGAACGUUGCAUUUACAAAGGAAUCAGCUAAACUUUCUGAAGCGACUCCGCAGAAAGCUGGACAGUACAAUAAUAACACGGAACGUUUGCCGGAUCAUUCUAAAAUGCCACAGGGCAAUGGAAAUAUACACAACAGGAGAGACAGAACUGAAUUUAGUAAAAGUACCGCACAUGUUGGAACAAACACAGACUCUCAUUUAAAAAAAUGUCAGCGAUUGUUGUCACUCUCCGACUUCUGGGACAUUAAUCCAGCCAGAUCGCAAGAGGAAACGCUUAGAAUCAAAUUGGAAGAGGAGAAAUUUCGCAGAGAGCAUUGCGAGCAUCUGAUUCAAGAGCUUCAAAAACGGCUGCUGGAACAACAAGAGAAAGUGGCCGUUGCGGUCAGAGUUGACAAUGAGAAGAACGUUCUGAUAUCUCAGUUUCACGCAGCUUGGUCUAAAUUAAAGCAAGAGGUCGAGACAUUGGAAAUUGAGCACAGGAACUCGCAAACCAAUUUGCAAAGUGCAACCGAAAAACAUCAGUCCGAAGUUUCGGAACUUCAAAGUCAGAUCAAACGACUCGAGGGAGAAUUGUCGAAGGCUUUGGAUCUGGCGGCAGGCUACAAAGAGAAAAGCGACACCACGAUCAGAGAGAAAGUCGAUCUAUUGAAAAAUCACGCGGAUGAAUUGGAAAGUUACAAAUUAUUAGUUCAGGAAGCCGAAAACAGAUAUGAAGAAGUUAAAAUCGAAUUGAACAAGCUGUUGAAAAAGAACGAACAUGGUGAGGAAGCGUUGAAGAUCGUUCAAGAUGAACUGAAUAGAGAACAUUUGAAGGGAAGCGAGGUGCGAAAAGAAAUGGGUCUUAUUCACAAGGCACUGGACGCUUGCGAAGCCGAACUGGCGGUGCUUAGACAAGAGAAAGACAACUUGCAACUUAAACUCAAAGAAGAAAUAAACAGAAAUUCCAUUUUAGAACAAAAGAAUUUAUCGCUGCUUAAAUCCAUUGACGAUGCAAAAAAAGCAGAGAAAUUAGCUAGAGACGAGACCAAAUCUAUUGUCGAGGAAAAGCAAAAGAUCAGAGAGGAGUUGCAAAAAGUUUAUCAGAAGCAGGUCGAUGAAGUGGUGAAAGCAAAAUUGCAAGAAUUCCAAAUGCAACUUGAUUCUGCGGAAUCUGAAUUUUUGGAAGAGUUGAAGACGCGGCAGCAAGUUAUAGCUGAAUGUGCUGCCAAAAAGAUAAAAGAUCUUAUCGACAAACAUCGCUUAGAGAUAAACCUGUUAGAAGAAAAACACAAAGAAGAAAAGCGGUUGUUCGAUCUGCAAUUAGCUCAGGCUCUGCAGAGAUCGGCUAUGUUGGAAACGCACUUGAAUUCACAACGGGCGACAAAAUCUCAGCUCGCGGAACAGUUGCACUCGGUAAUGCAGAAACAAUGGCAGCAAGCGUUGCAGAUUAUCUCAGGUGGUAACACGGAGAAUUUAUCUCCGCUGCAAAAAAUUCACACAGACAAAUAUUUCGACCCUAACGGUCCCAAAAAAUCCGAAUCCUUGCCAAACUGUUACACUAAACUUUCUCAGGAACCGGUAAGACACGUGACUCAGUCGCAAAAUCCGAUCAGCGUGCAACCGGCUGACAAUCAUAACGAAAGCAUGAUUUCGAUCGAAAACACACCGUUAACGAGUAAAAAAGAAUCGAAGGACGACCUUCGAAAGUAUGUGAAAAUGAUUACCGAGAUGCAUCUAGCGAAAGAAGAGAAUUUAAGACCGAGAACUAGCAUCUCGAGUCCGCCGUUGGGCUGCAGAGAGGUGCCGCGGAAGCAUUAUUUUAAGAAAGAACUGAGCAUAAUGAGUAGCGAGGAUAGCGCCACGUGGCAGCCAGUUUCCGAGACGUCCGCGCGCGACAUUAGCGAACAUCUGUCCCUUCCGCAAAAGAUGAUCGCCAAGACGGAUCAGCAGAAGAGCAAGCCUCCGUGGAAGUGACUCGUGACCACUGAUGGUGACGAUACCGAUGGUGUGGACGAGGUAGAUUAAAUUCCAUUUGGUACAGUGUACUUAAUUAGCAGUAACGCCGGAGUCUCUCAUUUUAUACAGAUCAACACUAUCUAUAUUUUCUAAACGCGAAGAGAAUUUAAUAAUAAA